CAGUAUGGGAUUCGUGUGUUUGCCAUGCUGUAAAGGACAGUUCUGUUGUCUUUGUUCAGUUAUCGAUGGCUGUCAAUACAGGGCCCUCCGUCCUCAGUAGUCCGCCUCUGAGCUUGCUAUCUCUCGAUGGUGGCGGUAUUCGAGGUGUAUCUGAACCCUUAAUCCUCGAUGAGAUUAUGAAACGCAUACAGACACACCAAGGCCUUCCAGAUACCCCCAAACCUUGCGAAUAUUUCGACCUCAUUGGCGGUACUGGUACUGGAGGGCUGAUUGCUAUUAUGCUAGGGAGGCUGAAAAGGUCUACCGCUGAGGCCCUUCGAUCCUACAACAAUCUCUCCAGGGUGGUGUUCCAGGCGAGGAAACCUUUCGACAGGCACGGCAAGUUCAAAGCAACUGCACUGGAGAAAGAGAUGAAAGAGGUCAUUGUCCAGGCUGGGUACAAUGACGAUCAGAAACUGUUGGAUCCCAAUGCAGGAAAACACUCGAGGGGAAAUGUUUUUGUGUGUUCUAUGACGAGAGUCAACCUUCAUUCUCCCCAGCGUUUCCGCACGUAUCGAGGGCUCCCAAACCAAGGACCUGACUGUAUGAUAUGGGAAGCUGUGCGCGCUACCACAGCGGGGCUAAAUGUCUUCAAGCCGAUCAAGAUUACCGGGCCUGGAGGUUUCAGUGUCGAUUAUGUAGGUGCAAGCCUAGAAUUCAACAAUCCCACACAACAGGUCAGAGACGAGGCCAAGAAACUUUUUGGAAACGACCGCCGUAUCGGCGUGCUGGUUAGCAUCGGGACGGGCCAUACUAGUCCUCAUGGGUUCCGACAGUGGAAUAGAAUGGAAAGAGCACUGCCAUCGGAGCUCAUUAAUGUUUUGCAGAGUAUCGCAACCGAUUGUGAACGCGUAGCGGACGAAGUGGCAAAGGAAUAUGAUAAUGACGACAUAUAUUUUAGAUUCAACAUUCUUCAUGGCGCUGGAGGAAUUCCUUUCGAUGAGUGGAAGAAGAUGAAUGAGCUAUCGGCCCAUACGACUUCUUAUCUGAGAGGACCAGAGGUUUCAAAGCAGAUAGAUCGGGUUGUCGCUUGCCUCUGUCGCAUUCAGAAGGAAUGGAAGGAAUGGAAUUUAGUUAACCGACAUGAUUCUUCAACAAUGUGCUCAGAGAUGGAUCAGUUCACUAUUCCAACUGUGGAUCGUUUUAGCAUAAAGCUUCUUAAACAAAUCUCCAUCGGAAACGAUUAUCGAUUCCAUUCCGCCAGCCAUAAUGGUAAAGUUGUGGCUGUAAAAAUCUUUGAAGGAGAAAAUGCCGCACAGGUGUGGUGGCUAUCUAUCUGUCCUCGUCGCCAGGUCUGAUAUUAUACAGCGCUGUAGAGCAACCGCCGAACAU